AUGGCCGAAGAAAGGAGGAUUUUGAUGCUCACGAAUGCUGAGCUGGGUCAGGCGAACAUCUUCUUGGCUGUGAGCCACGAACUCAUGCGACUCGACUCGUCCUUGAAGCUACACAUCUGUUCGUUUGCUGAGCUAUCGACGUCUGUGGAAUCCAUCAAGGCUUCCUCGUCUGACGCGGCCAAGGGGAACAUCAAAUUCAUCCCACUGGAAGGUCCGUCAUGGAAGGAGGCUCUUUUUGGUCGGCCGGAACAUGAGUUUGAGGAGCUCUCGAGCAUACGUCCAACCGUGUGGAACGUUGCGACGGCGGCGAAAAUGACACGCAUCGCAUGUCCCUGGAGGUCGGACGAGCUUUGCGACUUGGUGAAGCAGAUCGAGCAGGUCAUGCACGACGUGGGCGCCGACCUUGUCGUCGUCGAUGCUCUCUUCACGCCAGCCGUCACCGUCUGCUACAAGCGUAAGCCGAACUGGAUGGUGCUGUCGCCCAACACGUACAAGGAGUUUGUGCUCGCCCUUCAACCUCGGCGGCAGUAUUACUGGAAGUAUCCACCCCCUCGAUCGACGAUUCCGUUUCCGGUGCCGUGGUACUACAUGCCAGCGGUGUGGUACAUGGUGCGAAAGAUGUACCUAAACCACAACGAUACGUGGAUGACGGAUCACGCCAAGACGAUGAAGGAGCUCAUCGACACCGACUACGCAGACUGGGCCUGGAUUUCCAUCGCACCGCCCGAAGGGCUCCAGGUCCUGCUCGCGAGCCGCCCCGAGAUCGACUUUCCCUUCGACGUGGUGCCGGCACACAUCAUACCGUGCGGCCCCAUCGUGAUGCCAUGGCCGGCUCUGCGCGACAGCAGCGAUGAGCUAGCCGCAUGGUUGGCCAGGCACCCCACGGUGUACGUAAACCUGGGCACGCAUGCGACGUACGAAGAAGGGGACGCCGUCGAGCUGGCGGGCGCGCUGCGGCACGUCCUCGACUCGGCCUCGAAGCAGGGGAAGCGACUCCAGGUGCUGUGGAAGCUAAAGAAGCGUGGCGAGUAUGACGUUGCCGGGGCCUCGCCGGUUUCCAACGCUCUAGGUCAGCACAAGGAGUGUGUGCGGAUCGUGUCGUGGAUCGAAGCAGCUCCCAUUUCCAUCCUCGCCUCCGGCCACGUCGUCUGCUCCGUCAACCACGGGGGCGCCAACUCGUACUUUGACGCCGUGAGCGCCGGCGUGCCGCAAGUCAUUCUCCCCGUAUGGGGUGACACGUACGACUUUGCCAAACGGGUAGAGUGGCUCGGCAUUGGCAAGUUUGGAAGUGCCAAGAACGCACCGAAGUGUUGCUCGAGGGAGUUGGGCCCCAUUCUGGAACAGGUCGUCUUGGGCUCCGAUGCGAUGAGGAUGAAGAGGAGAGCAGCCGAGCUCGCGCGGAUCUGCCAGGACGGGGGUGGAGGCAGGGCCGUUGCGGCGCAGAAGAUGCUCGACAUGAUACGGACGAAGCAGGCAGGCUAG